CCCCAUCCCCGCAACCGGCGUGCUCCCGAGAGGACCGGACGAUGGCCGGGCCGGGGGUCAGAGGAGCCCCGGCGAGAUGGCUGGGCAUUGGGCUUUGGGGUCUCUUCCUGCUCCGCGGGUGCCUGUCGCUGGAGGUGUCUGUGGGCAAGGCCACUACCAUCUACGCUGUCAAUGGCACCGAGAUCCUGCUGCCCUGCACCUUUUCCAGCUGCAUCGGCUUCGAGAACCUCCGCUUCUGGUGGUCCUAUAACAGCAGCGAUACAUUCAAGAUUCUCAUAGACGGAACUGUGAAGAACGAGAAGUCUGACCCCAAGGUGAAGUUGAGAGAUGAGGAGCGCAUCACUCUGGUGGGGUCCACGAAGGAGAAGAUGAACAAUAUUUCCAUUCUGCUGAGGGACCUGGAAUUCAGUGACACGGGCAAAUACACCUGCCACGUGAGGAACCCCCGGGAGUACUACCUUGAGCACCAGGCCACCAUCUUCCUCCAAGUUGUUGACAAACUGGAGGUGGUGGACAACACCUUGAUGCGCAUCAUCCUGGCGGUUGUGGGCGGGGUCAUCGGGCUCCUCAUCUUCGUCUUGCUGCUCAAGAAGCUCAUCACCUUCAUCCUCAAGAAGACCCAGGAGAAGAAGAAGGAAUGUCUCGUGAGCUCCUCCGGGAACGACAACACAGAGAACGGGCUGCCUGGCUCCAAGGCCGAGGAGAAACCACCCACCAAAGUUUGAUCCCCUGCUUCGGGCCAAGAAGCCACCCAGGGAGCCUUCCUCUCUGACGACAAACUGAUGCUUGGGCUGUGUCUGUAGAACCCACGUGCCUGAGACUUCUGCUGCUUGGCUCCAACUGUAGUUUUUUUGGUCAAGGAGAAAUGGGUUCUCUCAGCUGCCAUCCCCCACCCCACUCACCCAGCCAGAGCACCCCAGGGAUCAGGGCUGGCAGGGCCAGGGUGUGGAAGGUGUGCCCUGGGCAAGGCAGGCUGGGGAGGGGGCAGGAAUAGGACUCUGAGCCAGUGAUCCCCAGCUAGCUGGGUAGGUGGGUUGUCUUCAGCAUGCCUCUCCCCACACCUCCCUGUCUGGGCAGGACUUUAGCUUCCCUCCGGAUUUCUCCUCCAGAGGGAUUUGGGGCUGAGGGACGGCCGAUCUAAUAGCUGGACUCCGGAGAGGGGUUGGAGAAAGGAUGCGGAGGAUGAACCUGUUGUGAUGGGACUGGCAGUGCAGGGCACAGGGGGCCUUUCUGAGAGCUGUUGGUGAGCCCUGCUGGAGGGGGCUAGGGUAAGAGGCCAGCCUCCACUGUGGGGGGGUGCCUGGUCCCCAACAAUCCUUCUGCCUGGGGGAGCAUAACAUACAACUUAACAACUCCUCCUUUUCCCAACUUCCUGCCUUGGCCCUAGCCCUCCACUCUGGAUUUCUGUACCCUCCUCAGGAAGGGCCAGCUGCCUGGACCUUGGGGGGCCUGGACCCACCUGCCUGCCCUUCUGAUCUCUUGCUGAGGAGCGGAUGAAAGCACCCUCACCCCCAUCUGGGCUUUCUGUCUUACCAGCCUGUCCUCACUUUUCUCCUUUGGGCAUCAGGAUCACCAAGAUGGGCAAGUCAGAGUCCGCCGAGGUGACUCCGCCCCUGGCAUGUCCAUUCCAGCCCUGCCAAGCUGGCAAUGAGGCAUGGGCAGGGCCACUGCCACCACUGGGAAGGCUAAGCCCCUGCCCUUCCUUCCCUGUGAAACAGCAGGUGGUGCCAUCCUGCCUGGCUCUCCUCCCCCUGGCUUGUUUUUCCUGUGCCCACACCAUCACCCGCCCUCCCUGCCCCAGGUUAAUCCCCAGUCCUGGGCCAAGGGCCUCCCUUCCCUUCAGGAUUGUCUUCCUUUGAACGAGGGGGGGAUCGUUGGGUUUUCUGGCUGCUUCCUCCUUCAGCUGCGCCACACCCUUUCCUUUGGGGGGAGCAGGUUCCCUCUGCUUUUCUGAGAAUUGUGUGCACCCCCCGGGUGAGGGGCUAGACUGUGCCUUAGCUCCCUGAAGCCUAGCAUGUACCCCAUCUUCCAAGAGCCCGACUUUCCUGACUUAACAGCUGACUCUGGUGUGACAGUGACCCAAGGUCAUAGAGGGGCCUCAGGGGGCUUUUUGGAGUGGGGGUAGAAUUAGGACACCACUGGUUCCUUGGCCAGGGACUGAGUCUUGGAGACACUGGCCAAGGUUGGAGAUGUGGGUGAGGGGUGGCAGGGAGAUGUGGUCAUUUUGCCAUCUGUGCCCCCUUGCCCACUCUCGUAUGGAAUUUCUGAGUCUCUGUGCUCUGGGAUCUCAGGACGGGCCAGAGGGGCAUAGAUAGUCCUGCUUCGCAGAUUAGAUGCUAUGGGGAUUGUCUCAGGGCCCUCCCUGCCAAAGAGUAAUAGCAAGCUUCCCAGAACGAUGGGGGGUGGGGGGACGGGACUUGAACAUCAACCCGUGGUAGAAUCCCCAUGGGUUGUGUCCUUUGACCGUCCUUCAACUCCAAGGGGGCUCACCAGUCCUCACGCUGCUUUCUUCCACUCCCCCGUGGUUCUCUCUCCCAGAAGCUACUCUGGGUUCGAGUUCAGAUUUUCCUGGCUUUGAGAGCAGACAGACGGAAGCUAGCAGCCAUGUAGAAUACUUCUUACAGCUGCCGUCCUGUGGAACUGCGUCCCGCUUCAAUCCUGACAGCCGAGCUGGCAGAACACCCUGGGGCUCCUGGUGAGGAAGCCCAGAGAGUGGUCCACGGAAAGUGGGGGCAGGAGGGGGCAUCACCAGGCCUUUCCACCUCUUGGUCUACAGCUGAGGCCUACGCGGGCCAGAUCUCUUCUGUGGGCUCGUCUUUUUUCAUCUGCAAAAUGUAAUAAUACCUGCCUCACAAGACUGUUGUGAGCUUGGUAAGUUUUCAUCGAAAAAAGAAACAUCAUCUUGAUUUGGAAAAGGACCGGGGAGACCAGUAUGGUAACUGGAAGGAUUGUUCCGAAUCCCUCCUGCCCUUAGCUCGGUGUGUUAGCCAACAGCACACACAUCACACACCGCACACACACGGACAUUGUUUCUCCCUAUCUGCCCUCAGACUCAUGUUAACAUUUGUGCUGUAAGAAUGCUUGACUCAGAUGCGGUAAGGUUUUUUCCCCCCAUGGCUAUUGUAUGGUGGUUUUCAAUAGAGCUGAUUGGAAUGGUAGGGGAGAGAUUUUUGGUGGCCCCAAUGCCUGGGGUGGGUUGGGGGAAUGACUGGUAUUUGGAGGGUGGGAACUAUGAAUGCUAAACUUCUCAGUGUGGGACAGUCCCCACAACAAAGCAUUGACCUGCCCCCCUGAUGCCAGCAUUAGCCUCACCGAGGCACAUUGGCCCGGAUUUGCAGUCGGAUGUCCAUGGGCAAAGACAGGGCUCCAGUGACCUCGGGGUUGGG